AAUACCAUAGCCUCAGACCAUAUAUAAUCAUCUUCCUAAUCUUAUGACUUUAAGCCACAUCUUGCUCCUUCAUCAUUUUUCUUGAACCAUAUGGUGUACUUUCUCUGCUGAAUUCUAAUUUUGUUCAUAUUCGAAUUCUCUCCUUUGAUCAUCAACUCAAAAGGACUCUGUCCAAGCUUUCUACCACAGUUCUCUUGCUGAUUAGAGAAAAGGCUAAAAAGGUCUAGCAUGGAAAACAACAUAAACAUUGAAAUUGCAGAACAAGGCUCUCCUGAAGUUCCAUCACUCAUUAAGUAUAUAUCAUCAAGUGAAGUUGCUGGCUUUGAUACUUCUGACUCUCAAUUUCUCAGCCCAUCUGCCAAAGGAAGUGAAGCAACCUCACCAGAAAGACAACAUGAUGAACCUGAAGUCAUCAAUCAUCAAAGGAAGUAUUCUAUCAGCAUGCCACUUUCUUCUGAAGAAGUUCAGCUUCAACCACUGGACACCAAAACAUAUAGUAUUCCAAAUUCCUCCUCUCAAUCAGGAACUGCUAGCUCCAACCAUCCACAGCCAUCAAAAUGUUACUCUCAACCAAUGCCAAAAGGCCAUGUGCCCCAAGAGGCAGAAGAUGGAGUCAAAACAAACAACCAUCCUGGCAUCAAAGCAUUCAAGGACAAAAGGUUUGACUCUUUUAAAACAUGGUCUGGGAGACUUGAGAGACAAUUGUCAAUUCUACGAGGAAAGUCACCCAGAGCCAGAGAAACUCCACAAGAUGGUAACAACGACAACUCCAGGAGCACUGAUAGGGCUUUACCAGUUGAUCGGUAUUUUGAUGCAUUGGAAGGUCCAGAGUUAGAAACUCUCAGGGCUUCAGAAGAGACAGUGCUUCCUCAGGACAGGCAAUGGCCAUUCCUUCUUCGGUUUCCAAUUUCAUCUUUUGGUAUCUGCCUUGGAGUUAGCAGCCAAGCAAUUCUUUGGAAAGCACUUGCCACAUCCCCUUCCACUCAGUUCCUCCACAUAAGCCUCAAAAUCAACCUCAUCUUAUGGUUCAUAUCCAUUGCUCUAGUUGCCACAGUUUCCACCAUCUAUCUCCUCAAACUCAUUCUCUACUUUGAAGCAGUUCGUCGUGAGUACUACCAUCCAAUCCGUGUCAACUUCUUCUUUGCACCAUGGAUAGCACUCUUGUUCUUGGCCCUUGGUGUUCCCCCCUCAGUGACCAAACACUUGCACCAUGCACUGUGGUACAUUCUAAUGUUACCAAUAUUCUGUCUUGAACUUAAGAUCUAUGGACAGUGGAUGUCUGGAGGCCAAAGGAGGCUCUCAAAGGUGGCCAAUCCUUCAAACCAUUUGUCAAUUGUUGGAAACUUUGUGGGGGCCUUGCUUGGGGCCUCUAUGGGCCUAAAGGAAGGGCCCAUUUUCUUCUUUGCAGUUGGGCUGGCCCACUACACUGUCAUGUUUGUGACUCUCUAUCAGAGACUUCCAACAAAUGAGACACUCCCAAAAGAGCUUCAUCCUGUGUUCUUUCUGUUUGUUGCAGCACCUAGUGUUGCUUCCAUGGCUUGGGCCAAUAUUCAGGGCUCUUUUGACUAUGGAUCAAGGAUUGCCUAUUUCAUUGCCCUCUUCCUUUAUUUCUCAUUGGCCGUUCGGAUUAAUUUUUUCAGAGGAUUCACAUUCUCUCUUGCAUGGUGGGCCUAUACUUUUCCAAUGACUGGUGCAGCAAUUGCAACCGUAAGAUACUCAAAUCAGGUCACAAACGCAGUUACUAAGACACUGUGUGUUAUACUCAGUCUCAUCUCCACAUUCAUAGUAAUAGCACUGCUUGUAUCAACCAUAUUGCAUGCCUUUGUCUUCAAAAACCUCUUCCCCAAUGACCUUGCCAUUGCCAUAAGUGACAGAAAGAGAAGGCCACAAAAGAAGUGGCUUGGUCUUAGAUACAGGAGCCAUGACUCCAAAGAGAUUGAAAAUUACUUGAAGUUUGUGAACUCGGAUAAAAUCGAUUUAGAAGCUUCUACCCCACUACCAAAUAGCACACAGAACUUGCCAUCAAUCUGAGGAUAUUUAAUUGUUAUUUUUAGUACUGUGUCCUUCAAUAGACAGAUAAAGAAUAUUAUGAGUUGCUUGCCCAAUAAUCUUCAUUAGUCACACAUGAGAGGAACAAAAGUAGGAGUUUUGACUGUUCCAGUGACCAUGUAUUGUAGAAUAUGAAGGUUUGUGUACCAAGAGCAGUUUUUUUUCUAGAAACAGAUCCCUACUUUACAUUUUGUAAAAUAAGUGAGUUGUUUUACUAUAUCUGAGUAAAUAAUCGGCAUCAGUAUGUGAGAAUCCAUGUUUGGA